GGGUGGCUUAGGAGCGGGCGGUCAGUGCUCGGAACUCUCGCGUCGGCUCUCGCUUCCUGCGGGACCCGUUUCCGCGGGGCAGGAAGUCGCGCCGCACCACUUCCGCCCUCAGUCGUGCCGCUGAGGCGGCCGCGGGCGGACGCACGUCCCGCUCCCGCUCCCGCUCCCGCUCUCCGCCCCGAUGGCCGCGGAGCCGCCGCCGCCGCCGGACCCGGACGUGGAGCCGCUGCCGCGGGGCGGCUUCCGCUGCCGCCUGUGCCGCAUCUCCGCGCCCAACCCGCCCAGCCUGGCGGCGCAUCUCCGGGGGAGGAAGCACGGGCGGCUGCGGAGCCUGCGGGCCCAGCGGGCGGAGCAGGAGCGGCGCAGCGUGUUCGUGAGCGGCUUCCCGCGCGGCACGGCGGACACGGAGCUCGCCCGCUACUUCGGGGCCUUCGGGGACGUGGAGGCCGUGGUCAUGGACAAGGACAAGGGCGCCUACGCCAUCGUGGAGCUGCGCGAGCCCGGGGGCUGCGAGCGGGCUCUGGCCCAACCGCGCCACGUGCUGGGGGGGCGGCCGCUCCGCGUGCGCCCCCGCCGCGCCAAGGCCUUCCCCCCCGCCCCCCCCGGGCCCCCCGGGGCCCCCCACCCCGGCCGCAGCCCCCGCCGGGACCCCCCGGAACCCGAGCGGCUGGAGCAGGAGCUGCGCUGCGCCCCCGACGUGGGGGCGCAGCUGGUGCGGCUGGUGGAGCUGCAGGCGCUGAGCGAGGCCGAGCGGCGGCUGCGGGCGCUGCUGGUGGCGCUGCUGCAGGAGGCGCUGGCCGAGUUCCUGCCCGGCUGCUCCGUCGUCCCGUUCGGCUCGUCCGUCAACGGCUUCGGCGCCCGCGGCUGCGACCUGGACCUGCUGCUGGACCUGGAGGCCACCAAAGCGCUGCAGGCGGCUGCGACACCCGGCUCCGCCUCCUCGACCGGCUCCGCCCCCGGCUCUGGCUCCGCCCCCGGCUCUGGCUCCGCCUCCACGUCCAGGUCCGCCCCCGGCUCUGGCUCCGCCCCCGGCUCUGGCUCCGCCCCCGGCUCUGGCUCCGCCUCCUCGACCGGCUCCGCCCCCGGCUCUGGCUCCACCUCCUCGUCCAGCUCCGCCCCCGGCUCUGGCUCCGCCCCCGGCUCUGGCUCCGCCUCCACGUCCAGCUCCAGCUCCUUCCCCGGCUCCGGCUCCCGUUCCAGCUCUGACUCCACUUCUGGCUCCAACUCCAACUCCAUAUCCGGCUCCACCCCCAGGUCCGACUCCACCCCUGGCUUUGGCUCCAGCUCCACUCCCUAUUCCAACUCCGGCUCCACCCCUGGCUCCAACUCCACCUCCGGCUCCAGCUCCACCCCUGGCUCCGGCUCCGGUUCCAGCUCUGACUCCACUCCCGGCUCCGACUCCACCCCUGGCUUUGGCUCCAGCUCCACUCCCUAUUCCAACUCCGGCUCCGCCCCUGGCUCCAGCUCCGGUUCCAGCUCUGACUCCACUCCCGGCUCCGGCUCCACCCCCGGCUCCGACUCCACCCCUGGCUUUGGCUCCAGCUCCACUCCCUAUUCCAACUCUGGCUCCGCCCCUGGCUCCAGCUCCGGUUCCAGCUCUGACUCCACUCCCGGCUCCGGCUCCACCCCCGGCUCUGACUCCGCCCCCGCCCCCGACUCCGCCCCCGGCUCCGACUCCAGCUCCGACCCGUCCAUGCUGAGCGAGCUGGAGCUGGCGGCGGCGCCGGCGCCGGAGCUGCUGGCGCUGGUGGCCGCGGUGCUGCGGCGCUGCGUGCCGGGUGUGCGCCGCGUCCGCGCCGUCCCCGCCGCCCGCCGGCCCGUCGUCAAGUUCUGCCACAAGCAGUCGGGGCUGGCGGGAGACGUCUCCAUCGACAACAGGCUGGCGCUGCACAACUCGCGGUUCCUGCGGCUCUGCGCCGACUCGGACGCCCGCGUGCGGCCGCUGGUGAUGGCGCUGCGGCUCUGGGCCAAGCGGCAGGGCCUGGCAGGUGGGGCGCGACGGGUCCCCCCUCACCCCCAGAUCCCCCUGUAA